GAGUCGAGGAACGAUACGAUCUCACUGUCGCCAUGGUUGCUCUCUGGUCAGUGUUAGGAGCUCUGCUCUGCUCAGUCCAUUUCGGGGCUGCCCUCAGUUCUCUCGAGGACGAUGAUCCCGUUGUCAAGAAGAUCAAUGAGGUCAUAACCAACGCCAACAACUACCUCACGGAUCAUCUCCUGACUUCCCUGUCACUUCCCAACAUCGGCGUCCUGCCCUUGGACCCUGUGAAGCUGACUGAAGGAAAGGUAAGUCAGUUCGAUACCAUCCAACUUACAGGGACACCCCUCGUCAACCAGAAGAAGAACCAGGACGGCUCAACAACCUACACCUUCGACCUCAACUUGAGCCUCGAUGUUCUCUUGGUGCAGUAUCAGUUCCGAGCCAGCUUCUUAGGCCUAUACUCCCAGGAGGGUCAGUUGACAAUUUCACCACAAGAUAACGCUCUUGCCCUACAAGGUAUCGUCGUCGUCGGUCCUGGAUCAGAGUGCGAUGCUGUAAUUUCUAGUGCCGAAGUUGUCCAUUUGGAUAAAUUUCAAAUAGACAUUCAACCAACUGAUAUCCCUUUCAUUAGUAAAAUAUCUGAAACAAUUCUCAAUGUUAUUUCACCUAAACUUCAGUGGAUCCUUGACGUAGUUGUCAAAGCGGCCAUAUUUUCGCCUAGUUGCCAAAGAAAUUUUUCAGAUCUCGUAUGCAGUGCCAUCAAAUCUAAGUAAUUAUAAAUUGUUAUAAACCAACUUCAAUCUACUGCAAAAAUAUUAAAAUAGAAAUGUGAUAUUAAAAUAAAUUCUGUCUGUUGUAAUUUUAGUCUACUUUAUGUAAUAUACAAAUACAUAUUACUCAAUAUAUUUUAACAAAUCAAAUUUCUUUUUAUAUUUGUUAAUAUUUAAAACCUAACCAUGCUAUGAUUUCUGUUAAUGGAAAAAUGUACAAAACAAGUUGGAAAAAUAAACAUAUUUAUGUGACAUGGCCUACAUACAAAUAGUUUUAUUUUUUUGGAGGCUGUGGCAAAUAUAUGUUUUUCCACAAAUAUUUGUAAGCAAUUUUUACAGAUAGAGAGCCAUUUCCAAAAAAUUCAAUAUGUGGAAAGAAAAUUCGCAAUUUGUUCAAUAAGGGUUUGGUUUAAUAGAAAAAUUUGUUUAUUUUUUCUUUAAUAUAUAUAUAUAUAUAUAUAUAUAUAUAUAUGUAAAUAAAACUGUUCGAGCCAAUCAAAUUUAUUAUGGUAUUUCUAACAACAUAGUUGGUCAUCAAGAUGUAUGAAACAAAACCAAGUUUCAUAUUUACAAAUAUUGGUUGACAAGCAGAUAAGUAGAAACACGGGAGCUAAAAUGAAAUGCUUAUGUAGAGUCACAAGAAAAUUUGAGAAAACUUGAAAGAAAUGAAAGGAGUUGGAAGAAGCUGAAAAUUCUUGGGCUAUAACCCACUCUUGAAAAAAGACAGCUCAAAUAGUUCGAUUAGGUUUGUAGAAUGAGCGAUAACCGGGUACCCAGAAAAGUAAUGGAAGCUCGAAAUAGUAGCAAGAGACCAAGCAGAAGGCCUAGAAUUUUAUAUGGUGAGUACAUCCAAAGUAUUGCAGGAACUCUGCAAGGAAUGUGAGGCCAGGUAGUGCCUCCUUCAUGGCACAUAUGGUAGCAAAUAUGGUAUAAGGAGGAAGAUAGCGCAGAAGAAGAAGAGGAAUAAUAUAGUUAUUAGUUUUUGUAGUAACAGGUUUUGUAAAGUAGCUGUCGAUAAGAAAAAAAAAAUAUUUGUUUAUUAUAAUUGAAAUUUCGGCCAGAUAUUUUGAAUGUUUUAUUUAUUUGUUUAAUGAAAUUUACAACUGUAUAAACAAUACAGCUAGUAAAAAUGCACACAUUAGAAAUCAUGACAUGAAUAGACUUGAAGAGAUACUGCCCAGUGGUAGCACUCCCUAUUUAGUUCUAGGUGAGAACAUCACGAGGCCAUUCUUUUUUCAGACGCCUAGGGAGAUUAUCAGGAAUCGAGGAAGAAGCAAGGCUGGAAACAAGUGGAUUGGAUGGAACUGGAGUUUAUCAUGAAAGGAUAGGUAUUUGGCUCGAGCUAAAUCAGCGUCAGUUAUUUUUAAUGUACAUCUCUUUUUAUUAAAUGUCAUGUUCGCUGAAACUUUUCAUAGAGGAUAUCUUCUAAAAAACAUAAUAAGCUUGUAUGAAUAGAAAAGCAUUAAAGUUUUGCAAUUUUCAUUAAUAGCUGGAGGAGGUAUUAUCCAGCUAUCUGAAGAAGGACACGGUAGGACAUUGGAGAGCCAAGCUGAAUAACUCGAGUUGCUAUCUGUGUAUGCAGGCACAUCGAAUAUGCAGCCCACUCCCGCCUAUUAGGCCCAAUCCCACUAAUGACCCUAUCCCUUCCCCUCAAUUAAUCUACUGCUCAGCGGGCCCUAAGAUUAUUACCAAUUUAUGAGCAGCAGAUUAGAAAAUGUGUGUUUACCAUCACGUAAUGAAAUUAAUGACGGAAAAAUGUUUUAUCGAUUGGGAAGAACGGAGAAACUGAAGUAACUAUGCUAUUGCUAGACUACAAAAGUCUAUGAAUCAAAUUUAAAACGUAAAAAAAUAUUGCACAAUUUUUUUUCAAUAUUGAACCAUUGUAAUCGAACAAGAAAAAAUAAAAAGUUAACCCUCUCAGAAUUUGAGGUUUUGUGUUUCACGAUAGGUUGAAGGUCACGUUUUUAGGUCAAAAUAGAGGCGCUUUUUUUUUUUUUUUUUUUUUUUUUUUUUUUUUUUUUUUUUUUUUUUGAGAUUUGGUACCUAAGUUAAAGGUCAACAAGGAUGAUCCUUUCAACUUGAUAGGAUUCUUUAUAGACUAUAGCACCAAAAUGACAGUAACAAUAAAAGAAAGUCGGAAAAAUGUCAAGUUAAUCAAGAAUUUCAUUUGCAAAUAACUGAAAAUAUACUAUUAAUUGUUUGUAUGGAUAUUUGAAAAAUAAGGGAAAAAUAAAUUUUUAAAAAAUCAUCGAAAUCGGUCCAAUUCGUGCUGAGAUUUGGCAUGAAACGUAAAUAUGUUCUAAUGCUAAGUAGAUUUAUUUUAUUUUAUAAUUUGAAAACUUCAUGUCUAUCAAAGCAGUGGAGAUUGUUAGUCAAUAAAAAAUUUGAUGAUUUUUUUUUUUAUGAUGCAGAAAUUAUUAUUGAUUUUAUUAAAUUUAAGAUAUUAUAAGUAGUAAAAUAUUAUAAAAAUAGAAAUAAAUGAAAAUUUGUUUAAAAAAAAU